CGUUUUCCGUCUCGUCGUCCUUUUUCCACAGGAGAUUUCCAUCAGAUUGUCUCACAAAUGACAGAAUCUCUCCAGGCUGUACACACCUUCACAGGUUUGCCGUGGUGGGCUUUGAUACCAUUGACGACUGUCACAUUAAGAACUGUUUGGACGUUGCCGUUGGCGGUUUUGCAGAGAAAACGUAUUCAAAAACAGUCUGAACUUAGACCUCUUGUCUCAGCCAUGAGUCCAGUACUUAAACUCAAUCUCGCUAAGAAGGUUCAGGCCGCGAAACGAAAGGCUCAAAAGUCACUUGAGACUAGCAGUUCAAAUGGAUCGAAUUCCGACUCUACCGAGACAUUUGCUGCUCUUCAAUCCCCUUUAGCAUCUAUGAAAUACGAAGAAGUGCUUGUUUUAUCGACAAAGGAGACCAGAAAACGGCAAAAGGCUCUUUUCAAAAAGAACAAUGUCCAGCUCUGGAAGAACAUGAUCUUACCAGCGUUCCAAGUUCCGUUAUGGGUGAGUAUGUCGCUUACUAUGAGAGAUCUCAGUGGCUGGACUUCCUGGGAUAGUCUACCUAAUAAACCAUUGGAUGAAGCUCUUUAUUCCGAGGGCUUGUUCUGGUUUACAGAUUUGACCAGCUUUGAUCAAUUGCAUGUUUUCCCACUUCUUGUGGGUAUAACUGCUCUCUGCAAUGUAGAAUGGACAUUCAAGACGUUGGAGUUGCUGAGAUUGACUAUGAAGAAAAGACUUCGUCCGACGUUAACCGAUGCCAUAUCCAACUUGCUGAGAAUGACAGUCGUGUUUAUGAUGGCCAUAUCACUAAACGCUCCGCUGGCUCUAACGUUGUACUGGUUGAGUUCCCAGAUGUACUCGUUAGUUCAGAACGUCAUCUUGGAUCUCACAUUACCCAUUAGCUUUACUCCAAGAAAAAGAUUCAACUAUAAGGAAAGCAAGCUGGCCAAUGCAAGACCCGUUAUCAACACCCACCUGUAAAUAUGUGCAUAAUAUAAUAUAAUGAGUCAUGUAUG